ACGAAUAAAGAAUAAGUACAUCCAAGCAACCCUUAUUGCGAAUCCCCUUAUUGCAUGCAUUUUUCUCCUACCGUCCUGCGGAAAACCAACAAGUAUGUUGAAACUGAACUCGGGUUCGGGCUAUAUACGCCCAGCGCAUGAUAGCAUUUGGCCCCGUAUGUUCUGGGUCCUUCCUCCAGCUCUCGUCUUUCUAUAUCAUUCAGCGUCGCCCAUUCACGACGAAGCCGGGUCGUUACCCUCAAUCCCGUCGUGGCCGUUUUAUCAGAUCCAGAAUCGUUUCGCUUUUGCUUCGCAUUCACGCCCCUUUCGAUAAUUUUUCGUCGGUUUUGACUCGAUCUGCUUGGGUUUUCAGGUAUAGCGGAUCUAUUUAGACAAUACAAUACUAAAAUUUUACGAUUUUUUUUGAGUUUUCAGUGAAUAACUGCUUUGUUUCGGUAUUCCAGAUCGAUUCAGGUACUAUAUUUUCAAUGUUUGUGAACUUUGUAGGUUUUUUGGAUAUUAAUUAGUGGCAAUUAGGGUUUCCUAUUCUAGAUUAAAAAUUAGUUUUUCUUUUAAUUAUCAUUUAAGGUCCUUCAGGCUCCAGUGGAUCAAGAGUCAAGAAAUUGGAAGCAUUUACGUGUUCGAUUUCCAAUAAUCUUAAUUAGUAGUAAAUAGAACUGUUGUGGUUCGGUUGCAAUCAAGUUUUAUUUUUCUAAAAGUAAUUUGUUGAGUGUGGACUCAGAAACUCUAAAAAUUUGGGUGCCACGAAUAAUUCACUUACUCUAUUGCGGAGAAGGAGAAGAAGAAGAGAAACAGUGAAGGGAUCUGCUUUUUGGUCUUCUGGUGAGUUAUUGAGAAUUUGUUUGGCUGAUCCAGAACAACUAUGCACGGAUAUGAAAGAGACGAGUAUGAGGAGUUGGAUGAAUAUGAGGAGGAAGGUGAAGAGCAAGAAGAGGACGAGGAGGGCGAAGAGGAAUAUGAGGAGGAAGAGCCUCAGCAGCCUCCACAAGAGUUGUUGGAGUACCUGGAGCUGAGACAACGACUGAAAGAAGAUAUCAGGAAACAGAGGAAGAAGGAAUUAGGUUCUGUCAAUGGCCGUUCAACUGAAAUUAAGAAGGCUUUGCCGAGGGACAAUUAUGGUUCCUUCUUUGGACCUUCUCAGCCUGUAAUCCCUCAAAGAGUAAUCCAAGAAAGCAAGUUGCUAUUGGAGAAUCCAAAUUUGGCAGCAAAAGUCCUGAAAUCAAACCAUGCUAACGAUAGGAGCUCUGCAUCAGAACGCGCAGGAUCAAAAUCUGGUACUAGCAGCCAUGCACCAAAGGUCACUAAUGGGUUGAAAACAAAGGUCCAGAUGUUAAAAAGUACAAGAGAUUACUCAUUUCUAUUAUCUGAUGAUGCUGAACUUCCUGCCUCCAUCAAAAGGUUUUUUGGUGAUGUUGAAGAUGCACGAUUAUCUUUACCACCAAGCAGCAAGCAAUCUCUAAGCAAUACGCGGAGAAAGCUGCUCAAUGAUCGUGAAGUACGUAAACCUAUACCAGGAAGCAGCCAAAUGCAACCAAAACUGUUGACUCAGAAAUCAGUUUCUGUUAGUAAACAAUCUCAACUAGCAUUGGAUUUGAGGAAACAGCUUAGUAGCAGUAAAGGGAGUGGGCCUGAUCGGCCUUUGCGGCCAAAAGUGGUGCCUCCCAAAGUUAUAGGGGUUCCAAAUGGCAAGAGGGUUUCGACACCAGGCGUCAAGAGCACUGUGCCUGCUUUGCAUAAGCCAACCCCUUCAAAGUUGCAACCUUCCAUUCCAAGGCAGUCCUUAGCACAGAAAAAGGAACUGCUACAAUCUGGAAAGUCAAAGGGGAUAUCAAAUCAAGCUGUGCCUUCAUCCAAAUCUAAGUGGAUGAUGCAGAAACAGGCAAUGCCGUCAUCCAAAUCUCAGAUAAAGCAACUGCCUCCUAAAAGUGCAAUUCGUUCUUUGGAAGAUAGGUGCCCAGCAAGAAAACCAAUGAGACAUGAUGAAGAAGGUGAUGGAGCAGAAGCUAUUAGUAUGAUUAGGAGGAUGUUUGGGUACUUAUCAUUCCUUCCUUGUAUAAUCCCAACAGGUAUCAAGAUGAUGAUGAUACUAGUGAUAUGGAGGCUAAUUUUGAUGACAUACUGAGGGAAGAAAAGCGAAGUGCAAAAAUAGCAAGGAAAGAGGAUGAGGAAGAACUUCGGAAGAUAGAAGAAGAAGAAAGGAGGGAGCAGUUGAGAAAACAGGCAAAGAAGCGCAAGUUAAGUCAUCAUUGAAGGGAAAGAUGGUUUUCCGUUGCUUGAUAGAUAGAAGAAUUACAGAGGUUUUCAUUUUUUGCUAGUUAGCCACAAAGUGAGGGGGCUUGUGGGGAAUUUGUACAUGAAUAUUGAGUCUCCGCUUAAUUUACCAAUUGAUUUGUAUCUAUUGGUUGUAUUGAGAUUUGAGCGUUGCCGCUCAUUGCCCAAGCAGUUGUAACAUAAUCUUUUUAUCAUUCUGCAGCUGCCAUAAUUUAAUGCCCCUAUUUGCUAAGCUAAAUUUGAGAAAA